UCAGUUACAAUUCGACAGCUGCCGGCUUUCGAGUUCAACUCACACACACGAAUACAAAUAUACAACGAAUUCAGCACUAACAAUAUAUUUACACAUCAAAAAAUUAGCUCUAGUAAAUUGAACUUCGUUGUGAAAUAAAAAUAAAAUUUAUAGCGCCGACGUGGGCAUUUAAAUGGUAUCACCGCGCAAAUCUGCAUCCACCAUCAGUGAAGAAUCUAGGUGGGAUAACAACAUGGCCUCGUUGCCGGCAAAAAGCUGCGAAAGCCUCUACUCGGCCAGUUCGCGCGAGUCUGCUCGCCAGAUCUAUCAGCGCAAGCCGGCGUCUCGCACCACAAACGGAGCGAUGCGUCAGGCAACCAUGGUGCCCAACAACACCACUAGCGAUAUACAUCAGCGUGUGAUGUCCGCACGCAAUUUGCGCGCCAAGACCUUUCAGAAUCAGUUGGCCGAUGCCCAGGCGGAGAUUGCCAAUUUGGCGCACGAGAAUCGCAUGCUCCGCACGAUGCACAAGCGGCAAUCAAUGGCACUGAAUAAGUACGAGAAUACGGGCGCGGAGCUACCGCAGCUAUUGCAUUCGCACGCCGAGGAGCUGCGUGUGUGGCAGACCAAGUAUCGCAAUGUGCAGGCGGUCAACAAGGAUCUUGAGCAGAAGCUGAAGCAGAAGGAGGCACAGAUUCUGUCGCUGAGUGACCAAAACAAACACUUCAGCCAACUCAUCAAAGACAAAAACUUGGAUGAGCGCCAGAAGCUGCAGGAUAAACUGCGCCAAUUGGAACAGCGCCUGCAGGAUAAAGAUAACGACAUGAAGCUAAUGGCACGCAAGGUGCAAUUGGAGUCAAAGAAUUUCCGCCAGCAGCUGCUCAAUGAGCAAAAGAAGAGCAAGGAGGUGAUGCUGAAGCUGGAGAAGGCCAGGCUGGAAAUCAGCGGCUACCGCAAGCUGGAAGAGUUUACAGUGGACAAGACUAAUCCAUUGGCUUCAGGUCGCCGAACAAAAUUGGGAGCAGUCGAUGAGAUUGACAAAAUUGAUAAGCUUGAGAAAUCAUUGGAUCUGUUGGACAGGGCCAUUGAGAAGAAUAAUCAAAGUGAAUUCAAUGCAUUAACCGAUGUGCUUGAAACCGACUCGAAUUUUGACUUUGAGAAGGAUGAUGCCGAUGAGGAGGACAAGGACAAUGAUAUUCAGGUUAAGGAUAACAAGCCAGUGCGCGCCAAAUUUACGCUGCCACCGGCCACAACUCAACCCAAGCCGGUGGCCAACAAUGCGAACAACAUAACACGUCUCUCGCUCAGCCAGAUGAUGAAUCAGUCCAAGCCCAGUCCUUCUCGCAAACCGAAUCCACGACUGCGAAGUGGUGGACUCCCAGCCGGAAAUGUGUCCGCUGUGACCGGCAGCGUUGUGCGUAGCACUGCUGCCAGUAAGCGUCGUGAUGCGGAACUCUGCUCCAAGCAGGCCACAUGCGAAGCAUCGGCAAACAAUAAAAUGCGGACGCUAACAAAACCAUUGGAAUUCGAUUACGAAGAGGACUCGGAGCAUGACGCAGAUGAUGAUGAUGUCGAGGCCAACUUUGGCAGGGGUAACGACGAUGAUGUUGACACUGAUGAGGAACAGAAUCCGAAUGAAAUGAGCCUAGUGGACUAUGCUCCCUACUUAAAUACAAAAUGUGAAUUGGGUAAAAUGAUGGGUAUGGAUAGGGACGAUGACGAAGACGAUGAUGACGACGAUGAUGUCGAAUCACCAGAAGGCACAGCAAAAGUUGCUUUGGGUAAUUCACGCGGACCCAACAUGAAGGAGAAUAUGUCUGGCAUACGGAAGAUUAUCUCGAAUGACUACAAGGAACGCGAGAACUUCUUGGACAUCCACUGUCGCCCCAAUUCGGGCAGCAACAUCCGCACCGAUGAUUCCGCUAAAAAUAAGAAGAAGAACAGCAGCAUCCCAACUGGCGGUGCUCCAGCUGCUGCUAUUGGCGGUGGCCAAAUGGUUGCCAGUCGCAAGCAUGCGCUACUCGCUGCCCUCAAGGUCAUCGACGACAACAAGGAUGAGAGUUAGUUAACGUUUUUCUAGACUACAUAAGCUACGUUAAGUUAUAUUUUUUAAUUGAUUGCAAGUAAAGAGCUCGAUGCGCGCCAGCCGAAGCAGGUGCAGCAAGCCCUGGAAUACAAAUGCUGCUACACCAAAUGGAUGACUUACCCAUUGGCAUUGGCAGAAUUUGGGCUAGUUCUUGUUGCAACUGCUUCAGCAAUGCUGCGCCAGUAACAGUUAGAUAUAUCUUUUCGGAUAGUUGUCCAAUAGGGGACUUUAAAUUAAGAUACUUUUCAUUUAACAAAAAUAAAUAUAUUUUUUAUAA